UUUCUCUUGCCCUAACUUUUCCAAUCUACUAUUUGCUGUUCUUCCGUCGUCUCUACGUCGAUUGAGGGCGUUCUAGGUGGCCUGCCGACCCUAGAACAACCCUACGUGCGCCUGCCCCGACCUGUCCUUCCCGGGCGACGUUCGUUGGUCUCACCGCUGGUCUGCUCGGCAACAACCGGUCUGACCGGUAUACCCGUCCGGUCAGAGCAUCGGCGCUGCGUUGUGCCGUCGCUCGCUGCGCAUUCAAGCGUUUCCGUGUGUUGGCCUUAGUUCUGCGUCAACACCUAGCAUCCCCCGCCGCCGCCCCGUUGCCCUCCGCCCCCGCCGCCGGUUGCCGCCCUUUGCCUCUCGCCCUCCUCCACCGCCGCCGGUCGCCGUCCUUGGCCGCUGCCCCCUCCCGGGCUCCCCACGUCUCGACCCCCGCCGUCGUCGCACCUCCGACCCCCGUCGUCCGCUCUGCCCCUGCGAUCGGCGGCGUACCGGUGACGGAUCUCGUCCGCUCCGCCCUCCGUCGAUGUCGUUCGUCGAUCUAGGCUGGCGACGUCGAGGCGAAGCUAUGGGCAGUGGAUCCGGUCCAGCGGCGUCGAGGUGGAUCGGCGGGCGGCGGCGUAGAGGCGGUGCAGCGACCGGCAGUUCCAAGCGGCGGCAUGGAGCGAGCGGCGGAUCUGAACGCUGGUGUCGAAGAGGCAGCGUCGGCAGUGGCGGUGCUGUCGAGGCGUCAACGCGAACGGCGGCGGGAGCGAGACGGACGAAGGCGACAUCCAGGCAGAGGCGCGGGUGGCGGGAACGCCGGUGACGUCCACCGCCGUGCGGUGCCGUGUUUCCUUUUUUCCUCUCAAUUUUCCUUUUCUUCCUCAAUUUUUCCCUUUUCAGUUUUCUUCCAUGUUUUCUUCCUACGCGGCGGAGCGCGUUCUUCACCUAGUGUGCUCAUACCCAUCCAACGGUCUGUCUUCUUUGGAUCAUCCUGCACAUCAGACCUCCACGGCUCCACCCCCGCCCUCCCCACUCCGCGCCUCGCGUACGUGCCUCGCGACGCGAGUUCGAUCCCCACCGGCGCCGAUUUUGCCACACACCGAAAAAGAAACGAAGGGGCACACCUGCAGCCCUCCCUGCGUCGCUCCCUCCCACCGGCGCCUCCCCAUGCCCCUUCCCUCCCCACCGGUACGCUCGGGGAUCACGGCGUCGUGCUCGGCUCCCGCGCGAUGGGCCGCCUCCGACAUCCCAGGCGGAGCGCUCGCGCCCGGAGAACGCCCACGCUCGCGGACGCCGCCGCCGACGUUGGCCCAUCACCCGCCGGACGGAUCUCGGGGCGGCCUGUCCGGGGCAGCGAGCCGACGCCGGAUCUAGGGGCGCCCGAUUUCGGAAGCCGUCGCUGGGCGCUUGGUCGAAAGGGGGAGGGGGAGGAGGAGGCCGCCGGGCGCUGCACGCCGGUGCCAGCUACUCGGCCAACGCCGCCGUGGCAGAUCUUGGUAGCGAGGAUGAGGAGGCGACGACCACCAACAAGGCAACAACUCUGCUUCUACGGUUCUACCUGGCAUCCCGUCGCUAGACUAAGCAUCCCUACCAGCUGAGCAACACCGAAUGUGAGGCUCAUUCCCUCCCAGGUCUUUACAAUUUCAAUUGAUUCCCAUGUUUUUAAGAAUGUAUCUGUGCAAUCACAAAUAAACGAAGGUAGCAAACAAAUAAAAAUUGAUCAUGUUUUAUACACAUGUCUGAUUAUUACACUUCUCUGCACAAAUAAAUGUUCAUGUCAUAAUGUACAGAUGUGGUCCAUUAUAUUUUUUUGGCAUCAGCUGAAUUUUUUGAACUGGUGUUCGUAUGCUUUGUAACUACUUUCAGUGCAACAUAAAUAUGAAAUGACAUUAUUGGAAUUGAUUUGGGAACUACUAACUGAUAUGUUUCUGUUAUGGAGGGAAAGGUCAGGUCCCGUGCUAAAGACCGUCCUUUUUUCCUGUCUCUCUCAUUUAUCUAGCUGAAUCUGCAUCAUCCCAUCUGGUACUCUAUAUUCCACAUUUGUGCCUGGAGGUGCAAUUUAGCUGAAUCUGCAGGGACGACAUCUAUCCAGGUGUUCAUCAACGGCACGGUGUACAAGGUGCCCGGCGCCGGCGCACUGCUUGACUUUGGCCGUCAUAUUUGGGCGUGACGUGAUGCUGGUUCACUCCUCCGGCGAGAUCCUGCCGUUGAACGAACACGGCAUCCUCAUGAAGAGCUUGCAGAUGGAGGAAUGCUACUACCUGGUUUCGAGAUCAACUUAAUCAGCCGGCCUGCUGUAUGAUGAUGAUUCAAGUUGUGUGCUACUAGCUAGGAAGCACAAGCACUUGAUGAGCAAAUUGUCCACGUCCGGAGCGUCUAUGUCAACAUGUGUACUAAUGCAUGUGUUGCUCUCUCUCUCUCUCUCUCUGGAGAAGGAUUGGUUUACGGAUCCGCCCCUUGCUUGACUUUCUGGAUCGAAUUCUGUCUCCAGGGUUUAAUUGUGGUUUUACCUCAGUGGCCCAGUGGUAGCUCAAAGCUGCAGUUUUAUUCCCCUGCUCAAUUGCUGGAUUUGGGUUUAUCUUGCUGAAUUUGGAUAUAUUUACUUCCAGUUGAGUUGGAGAAUUGCAUGUUUCAGACUGGAAAUUUCUCGUUGGAGUUACUACGGACGGCCCGAGCCCAAGCUACCGAGGAACGACAGCACCAGCUUGUUGGUCGCCGGGGAGCAGACCAACACGACGGACUAAAUGAUUCAACAUCUUGAAUAUGAUAUCUGCGAAUAUGGCUGCCUGCAUUGCCCUAGAGAGCAUAUCAAUUCUUGAGAAGCUCCAUUCUAAAGGCGCCAUAGCUCAGUUGUCAUGAUAAUGAAAGACCCUGAUGCACAGCUCCACCUUCUGCCUGAUAGAUGCUUCAUGGCACAGGGCAUUAUGCACAAACAGCCCCUGCUCUUUCUGCUGGACCGUUGAAGGAGCUGAGGUUGUUCCUUGGUACACUGCAUGCUCCCGUUUCAUCUUCAAAGGAGGGUGGAAGGCACAGGGAAAAGAGAAGCUGAUACCAGUGAGGUGUCAAGGGAUGAGCUGGAAUUCCUCCUAGAUCAUGAGCUGUGGUUCAAUGCUCUAAACACAAGGUGAUGUGCAGCUAACCAAAUCAUAGCUGGUUCAGUAUCCUACUAAUCACAUCGACAAUAUUUUAUUCCCUCUGAUUGCUAAUUUUGUCUACAGCUUGAUAUGAAACUUUACUGAAGAUCAACCAUAGAUAGCUCAUGUUCAGAAACAAACCAUUACUUAUUUAUAGGCUGCUGUGUACUUGUGUGCUUGCCCAAAGAACAAAGUAAUCCUUUUUCAGUUUCAAAAUUAUGUACUAACUCGGCCACAAUUUCUGAAUACUAUAUCAAAUUAUGGGAAUGUGUAGAAAGAAAAGGUUUCAGCUUGACCACCGCAAAGAAACUUCUUCCUGUGUCAUCUUUCUAUUUCAUCAUACGCUAUUAAUCUAUUUCAUCAUCCGCUAGGAAAAAUAUCAUUCAGAAGCAGAGGUUGGCUUUGAUCUUCGACUUCCUCCAACUGAAGAUAUGGGAUUGUAUUUAUCAUGUUCUAAACUCAUAUUAUCUCCUGGUUCGAUGAUUCUUGUAAAAACUCCAGUUAUGGAUAAUCGUGGGUGAUGUCGAUCAUGGUUUGUGUGUUUCACUUAUAGAAAGGGACUAGACUAAUUGACUUAAAUUACAGUUUUGUUUGUCGUAUAGCUUUCAACUGUAAUAAUGCUAACAUUUCUGCUAGUCGUGGACUCGUGGGUACUGACGGUUGUAUAUUUGGAACCUGUAUUUAUUUCGUAAUCAACAAUUUGUCCGUGGCGUUAGCACGGGCACCUUACUAGUUAGUAGUAAGGCAUACAUUCAUGUGAA